CUCACGAGGGUACGCGUUCGCCCUGGCGACAUAUCAAAUACCUCUGCCCCUCCGACUUCUUUCCCUCUCAUGUCUUCCUUUGAUCCCUUUACUCAACAUCUUUCUCUUAGAUUACGACCCCUUCAUUCAUUUCUUCAUCCUUUAGAUUCAACAGUUAGCAUUUGAGUACCUUCCUCACCUCCUGAUAUAACAUUAUACCCCGUUGCACAUUUGUUCCUUCAUCACCCUCGACCUCGAGUCCUCUAAUAUCAGUCACAAUGUUUGUCUAUAAGAGAGACGGACGCAAAGAACGCGUACAGUUCGACAAGAUCACUGCACGUGUAUCAAGACUGUGCUAUGGUCUUGAUCCCGAACAUGUUGAUGCUGCUGCUAUCACGCAGAAGGUCAUCUCUGGUGUCUACCAGGGUGUCACCACUGUUGAGCUGGAUAACUUGGCUGCCGAGACUGCUGCGUACAUGACCGUCACUCACCCUGAUUAUGCCAUCCUAGCUGCCCGUAUAGCCGUUUCCAACCUCCACAAGCAAACCAAGAAACAGUUCUCGCUGGUCAUCUCUGAUCUCUACCACUAUGUCAACCCCAAGAACAAGCAACCCGCGCCAAUGAUCUCGAAAGAGACGUAUGAAAUUGUCAUGAAACAUGCUGAUGAGCUCAACUCUGCUAUUGUAUACGAUCGUGACUUCAACUACAACUUUUUCGGCUUCAAGACACUUGAGCGGUCCUACCUGCUACGAAUCAACGGCAAGAUUGCUGAGCGUCCCCAGCACUUGUUGAUGCGUGUUGCCGUUGGCAUUCACGGUAACAAUAUCGAGAAGGCCAUUGAGACCUACCAUCUCAUGUCUCAGAAAUACUUCACUCAUGCUUCUCCUACCCUGUUCAAUGCUGGUACUCCCCAGCCCCAGCUGGCGUCUUGCUUCCUCGUUGAUAUGAAGGAGGAUAGCAUUGAGGGUAUCUACGACACCCUCAAGACUUGUGCCAUGAUCUCGAAGACCGCCGGUGGUAUCGGUCUUAAUGUUCACCGCAUCCGAGCCACAGGCUCCUACAUUGGUGGCACCAACGGUUCUUCUAACGGUAUUGUUCCUAUGCUUCGCGUGUUCAACAACACUGCCAGAUACGUCGACCAGGGAGGAAACAAGCGCCCUGGCGCUUUUGCUAUUUACCUCGAGCCUUGGCACGCCGAUGUCUUUGAGUUCUUGGAUCUUCGCAAGAACCACGGUAAGGAGGAAGUCAGAGCCCGUGAUCUGUUCUACGCUCUGUGGACCCCUGAUCUGUUCAUGAAGCGAGUUGAGUCCAACGGUGACUGGACUCUGUUCUGUCCCAAUGAAGCCCCUGGGCUGGCGGAUGUUUAUGGCGACGAGUUUGAUGCUCUUUAUGAACAGUACGAGAAAGAAGGCCGUGGCCGUAAGACCAUCAAGGCCCAGAAGCUUUGGUAUGCUAUCCUUGAGGCUCAGACCGAGACUGGCAACCCCUUUAUGCUUUACAAGGAUGCCUGCAACAAGAAGAGCAACCAGAAGAACCUGGGAACUAUUCGCAGCUCCAAUCUUUGCACGGAGAUCAUUGAGUACAGUGCUCCUGACGAAGUUGCUGUCUGCAACCUGGCUUCUCUCGCGCUUCCUACCUUCGUCGACGCGGCCCGUGGAGAGUAUGACUUCGGCAAGCUGCACGAGGUUGUACGGGUCUUGGUUCGCAACUUGAACAAGAUUAUUGACGUGAACUACUACCCUGUUCCCGAGGCCAAGAAGAGCAACAUGCGGCAUCGCCCCAUUGCUCUUGGUGUCAAUGGUUUGGCCGAUGCCUUCCUUGCCCUGCGUCUGCCAUUCGACUCUGCCGAGGCUAGACAGCUAAACAUCCAGAUCUUUGAGACCAUCUAUCACGGUGCUUUGACUGCUUCGUGUGAGCUGGCCAAGGAGUUUGGUCCUUACGAGACUUACGAGGGCUCCCCCGUUUCUCAGGGUAUCCUCCAGUAUGACAUGUGGGACAGAACCCCCACGGACCUCUGGGACUGGGAUUCUCUGAAGGCCAAGAUUGCCCAGCACGGUGUGCGCAACAGUUUGUUGGUGGCACCAAUGCCCACUGCAAGCACCAGCCAGAUUCUGGGCUUCAAUGAAUGUUUCGAGCCCUACACCUCGAACAUCUACUCCCGCCGUGUUCUUGCGGGUGAGUUCCAGGUCGUCAACCCCUGGCUUCUCAAGGAUCUUGUUGACCUUGGUCUGUGGUCGGACAACAUGAAGAACCGUAUCAUCGCAGAUGGUGGUUCCGUUCAGAACAUUCCCAACAUUCCCGCCGACAUCAAGGCUCUCUACAAGACCGUGUGGGAAAUCUCCCAGCGUACCAUCCUGCAGAUGGCCGCCGACCGUGGUGCUUUCAUUGACCAGUCUCAGUCUCUCAACAUUCACCUGAAGGAGCCUACUAUGGGCAAGCUCACCAGUAUGCACUUUGCUGGGUGGAAGAUGGGUCUGAAGACUGGCAUGUACUACCUGCGUACCAUGGCUGCCUCCGCUCCCAUCCAGUUUACUGUUGAUCAGGAGCAACUCAAGGUUGCCGAUACCAACGUUGCUCGGGCCAACGCUGCCUACAAGAAGAGAGCCGCUGGGUCCGUCUCUACCACAUACUCUGCUGUUCCUCGUACAACGAGCGCUCCGCUCAAUGGUCACAGCGAGGACGGCAGCCCGCGAGCUCUUGCCGCCGAUGUCACCGCAGAUGAUGAAACCGUGGUGAAUGGCUCCCAGGAGGAAGACGAUGAGCGGGAGAGCGGCGAGCGUGAGAGCGACAUUUACUCUCAAAAGGUCCUUCAGUGCAGCAUCGAGAACAAGGAGGCUUGUCUGAUGUGCCAAGGCUAGUCGGGGUGGUUUAUGGUAAUUGAUUGCAGGCGCUUGAGGCGCUUCUUAUUUGGUACAGUUUCUGAUGUAUUUAUAUUAUGAGCUUGAUGGACUUUUCUUAUGUUCGCUCUUCCCUGGCAAUACUGGCAACUUUUCAUGUUACUCUUCAUAUGCUGUUUGUUUGGAGGAAAAAGGGUUUUCGUGUACUUAGAUCCUGACUGGCCGACUGUUACGGUGCAGUAUGUUGUCGUGUCUUGACUCGGAUGAAUAGGAAUGAAUUUUUUCCAAGUCCAU